AUGGGUUUAGUUCUUAGUUGAUUUCAUUCAGAAAUGACGCAAAAUUUGUAAAAAACUUUUAUUUUUUCAAAAUCGCUAUAUGUUCAUGUAUUUUUCUCCGCUACCGUUGUAUAUAAGCUGCAUAUUUUCAUUUUGUAGUUAAUUUAUUAUUCCUAGUAUUACGGCUUGACGUUCAUGUGUCAUGUGUGUUCCGUUCAACUGACUUCCAACCCGAGAGGCGAGAAGAGGGGGAUUUAAAAAUCGUAAACAUUCGGCGUCGGCGACACAGAUGCAGUCUGUUCUGUUGCUGUUUGCAAAUGUAACAGUACGCCAAGUAAAAGAGUGAGAAUUGCAUUCGAUGCAUCGUGCUAGAAAGUAUUAAAGCUACGACGGUAUGUAGACAUUAUCCUUCAAUGCUUAGCCUACUUUGAAGACUGAUAAUUCAAAAACUCACACUGAAUGUAAAUAUUCCUGCAUAAGAACGCGUAAAAUUUAAUUCAUGUGAAAUUGUGACGUCUUCAAAUUUUGAGUCGCCCAAAAUGGCAAAUGAUGAAAACUCCAUUAUCAGUGAUUCUACUGUGCUUCAACAACAGUCUCCAAUAAUUUCAUGUUCAAUUACUCUGGAUAUCCUUGAUAUGAAUGGCACCACAAAAAAGUCAACAACUUAUAAAGCUGUGAAACUUUUGCUUGGCAGGAAUCAGUUCAGAGAUCUCCUUCUUCAGUGCAAUUGUGGAUCUACAGUAUUGAAGUUUCAACUGCAAGAUUUCUUACUGCACAAGAGAUUCAUUAAAGAUGGCAAAGCAACAAUUGAUCUCAAAGCUGAAAAAACCAGAAUCAUGAUAUUCAAUGCACCUCCAAACAUUCUUCUUGUGUUUUUGAAAACUUUAAUGGCAAAGAAAGUUGCUGGCUCUGACAAGGAAAAUAAACCUAUAGGGCUUGCUGCUAUCAGAGAAAGAUUGCUUUCUACUUUACCUAAUUCUUUUGAUGAAAUUAGUCCUCUUACUGUAAAGGAAUACCAGACAAUACGUCAGGGUGGCACCACUGCCCAACAACAGCGAGCUGCAAACACAGCACCCUUCUCAUCUCCCCUUUCAAGCAAAAGGAAAAGGAAUUCAACGCAGAAUGACAGCCCAAAGUCAAUAGCCAAGCGCUCUCCACUUGUGCCUAGGCCCCCUCCUGCCAUUCUGCUCAGCAUUGAACAGAAGAAAGUGCUUCAUGCAGUUAAGGAAGGAUUCAAUGUAUUUUUUACAGGAAGUGCUGGCACAGGAAAGAGCUUUCUCCUGAAAAAAGUCAUUGGCAUGCUGCCACCUGAUGCCACUGCUGUCACUGCCAGCACCGGGGUGGCUGCCUGUCACUUGGGAGGCACAACCCUGCACAGUUUUGCAGGUAUAGGCAGUGGUGAGGCGACGCUGGAGCAAUGCAUUGCGCAAGCGCGUAAACCUGCAGUGCUCAGGAACUGGCGGCUCUGCCAACACCUUGUUGUCGAUGAGAUCUCCAUGGUAGAUGGGAAAUAUUUCCAGAAACUGGAGGCCGUUGCCCGGGCGGUCCGGAAUUCAGACAAGCCCUUCGGCGGCAUCCAGUUGAUCGUGUGUGGGGACUUCCUGCAGCUGCCGCCGGUCUCUCGUACAAACACCGCCACAUUUUCCUUCCAAACGAGCGCCUGGCGGAGCUCCAUUCAACGCACCAUUGAGCUCACUGCUGUGAGGCGUCAAGACGACCAAGUCUUUAUUGAUCUGCUCCAGGAAAUCAGGAUGGGAAGAUGCAGCGAGACGCACGCAGCACUGCUGCGAAACACUGCCGAGAACAAGCUGAGUCGGGACGGCAUCCUGGCUACCAAACUGUGUACCCACAAAGAGGAUGUGUCGCAUAUCAACAAGCGACACCUUGAACAGCUCCCCGGCCAAACCAAACUAUUCACCGCCACCGACACUGAGGGUUACACUAAGAUGCUUGACAUCCAGACUCCCGUCCCUAAAUUGCUCCAACUCAAGGUGGGUGCUCAAGUGAUGCUCCUGAAGAAUUUGUCAGUAGCAGAGGGCUUAGUGAACGGAUCACGGGGCAUCGUGCAGAGCUUUGCUGCUAGUGGGUUUCCUGUGGUGAAGUUUGCGUGCGGUGUGCGACGUGAAGUUGGCGAGGAGCGCUGGCAGGUACGAGGCGGGGGCGGCAGCUUGCAUGUCACCAGGAGACAACUGCCUCUCAAGCUCGCUUGGGCCUUCUCCAUUCAUAAAUCACAGGGCAUGACCCUGGAUCUCGUCGAAAUGUCGCUCUCGCGAGUUUUUGAGGCGGGCCAGGCUUACGUAGCGCUCUCCAGAGCUCGUAACCUCGCUGGACUGCGUGUGCUCGACUUUUCCCCAUCGUGCAUUAAAGCAAAUCCUACAGUGCUGAAAUUUUACCGAGCGCUGCAAGAACACUGAGGCGUGCAUCGCAUGCAGUUGUGGUGCUUCAAAGUGAGCGUUGCUGAGAACAAUGAAAAUACGCGUCAAAAUAAUGAAACUGAGAACUGAAUUUUUAGACUGUGGAUAAUAACGCACAUCCUAUGGCAUGGAAUUCUUAGGUUUACAUAUUUAAUUUUAGAGUUAGUGCAUGUGUAGUUUAAUUAAUUAUUGAAUUAGAAAAUUGUCGAGUCAGGUCACGUCAGCGAUUUUGCCCCUCUUCAUGUGAUUUCAAACAGAUUUAUUAGAAUUGCUAAUUUUCAAAAAUAGGAGCAGUAGCCAAUGCAUAGAAUACAAUUUAAAAAGGCCUGGAGCCUGAGCAAAAAAUGACGUGGCGAGUCACAUUUUUGUGCUCGUUCCAAAUCAAAAUUUGGAAAUUUUACUCGCAGAAUGUGUGCAGAUUAGAACAUAUUAGCGUUAAUGUAUGUUAUAAGAAGAGUUUUCACUGUAAUUGAUCGCCCUAAUAAUUGCACAUUUUCCAGUAGAUAAUAAACCAUACAUCGUUUCGGUAAAGACCGAUUUACAAAUGGUAAAACGUAUGCUACAUGUAUGUUAGUACUGGUUUUAUGCGAUGUCGGAAAAGCUGGCAUAAAAAUAUUAUCUAUUCAACACCUC